UCGCCCAUCACAAAGCCCUUUAAAAACCCCAUUUUUUCUGCUCCCAAUCCCAAAACCCACCAUUUUUCUUCCUUUUUCUUCUCUUUUUUUUUUUUUUUCAAAUGGGUGUCCUUAGAAAAUAAUCAUUGAUUUAGAAUCAUCACUUUAUUUUUAAUGGCAUUAGAGGCUGUGGUUUUUUCUCAAGAUCCAUUAUGUUACAAUGGAAGCAAAGAUCUUUACUCUUUACUUGGAGGAGGAAUUUGGGCUAAUGGAAGCUUUGAAUAUCCAGAAAUCCCUCAUGAUUUUCCCGAGAACCAAACAGAAAAUUUCCCAUUUGAAGAUUGGAACUCAUCUUCUUCUGUUUUUGUUCCUAACCCUUCCCCUGAAGCUGCUGAUUCCAGAAAUGGGUUGCUGAAACCGCCAUUAGAGGCUGAAUCAAUUACUCCACACCCAAUUCGUCCAAGGAAACGAAGACCCAAAUCACGCAAGAACAAAGAGGAAAUCGAAAAUCAAAGAAUGACUCACAUCGCUGUUGAACGAAAUCGCAGAAAACAAAUGAAUGAAUAUCUCUCUGUUCUUCGUUCCUUAAUGCCAGAGUCUUAUGUUCAAAGGGGGGAUCAAGCUUCAAUUAUUGGGGGAGCAAUUAAUUUUGUGAAGGAGUUAGAACAACAAGUUCAAGUUCUAUCCACAAUAGAAACAAAAGGGAAAAUUAAUAAUUCUGCUGAAGGGUGUUGUAAUUCGAAUUCAAAUUCAAAUUCAAAGAUUCCUUUCGCAGAGUUCUUCAGUUUCCCUCAAUUCAAAGCAAUGGAAGGUUGUUCUUUAGUGAGUGAAAAUGAGACUCAAUGUUCUUCCACCGUUGCUGAUAUUGAAGUAACAAUGGUAGAAAAUCAUGCAAAUUUGAAAAUAAGAUCAAAGAGAAGACCAAAACAAAUCUUGAAAAUUGUUGCUGGCUUGCAUUCUCUUUCCCUUUCUGUUCUUCAUCUCAAUAUUUCAACUAUCAACCAAAUUGUUCUUUAUUGUCUCAGUGUCAAGGUCGAAGAUGAUUGCAAGCUGAGUUCUGUUGAUGAAAUUGCUUCUGCCCUGCAUCAGUUGCUUAGUAGAAUAGAAGAAGAUUCACUUAUGAACUGAAAUUUUUUUCUUUUAAAUUUAUGGGGUUAACAUUGUUUUCUUUGCCUUGUAGGUUGUAAUAUCAUCUUGUUUCUAACUAAUGUAAUCUCUAUGUUGAAUUUUUGUACAA